AUGGAGUCCAAGAAGUACGGGCUGGGGCGAGGGAAGCGGCAGCCACCGCAGGACCGGUCAGCGGACCCAGAGCUCCAAAAACUGUACCAUCGGCUCUUGCAGCCCCUGUCGCUUUUCCCCGACGAUGUGGUCCUGGAGACCCCGGAGCCGCUGCCUACGCCAACAGAGGCUCGAGUAGGAAUCGAAGAAGCGUCUGGCCGGGACUCCUUCUUCUUGGAGCAGCUGUCACCUGGAUCCCUGUGCAAGUUGGUGGCUGAGCGGCUCUCCCGUGUGGGUAUCGGGCCAGAGGUGCCCCUUGAUGGCAGGCGGCGGCUGGCUGAGGUCAUCUUGUCGGAGGUGCAGUAUGGCUGGCAGAUGCCCGAGCCUGAACCAGGCCUCAGCGCAAGGGACCAGCAGCGCCUUCGCCAACGUGUGGAGACUCAUGUGGUGUUGUCAGCAGAGCAGCUAUUUCUGCGCUAUCUGCACCUAUUGAUCACCCUGUCUACCCCAGACUCUGUGCUCACUGAGUCUGCCACACUCACCCGCCUAUCUGCCUGCCUGGCCACUGACUGCACCCGCUUCCUCACCAGCCCCCUUGUCUACUACCGCCUGGUCUUGGACUUCAAAGACCUGCUGGGCCUCCGCCCUUUCCUGAAGAAGGGCAUCUUGGCCAAGGCAGACGAUUACCGCAAGCGGGCCCUCAUUCCACAGCAAGCCAUUGGUACCUUCCAGGCUUCCAAGCUCUGUCCUCUACCCUGGCCACACAGCACUGGCUUCUCCCAGAUCCCAUGCUCAGCCUUGAACAUGAAUUAUUUGAUCCACUUGAGCCGGCCAGCAGAUUUCCUAGCCAGGCCUUGUCUCGACCGUUUAAAAGGACUGAGGUCUAUCCCAGACCUGGACCAGAGAAAGUAUCUGCGAUGGCUACCAACUCUACACCCCAGAUCCCCCAAGAUGUCUGAGGAUAACCUUGUUAGGGAGGUUCAUUCUCCAAGUAGUCUGAGUUUGGAGGGGGACUUAGAUUUUGAUACCUUCCUGAAGCUCCAUUUCCCCCGGAAAUGCUACUCAUUGCCCUGCCUGAGAGAAGGUUGGAAGCUUUCAGAUGAACUGGGCAUCCGUUCACCUCCCCCUCGAACCUUGACCCCUCUCAUCCUGGAAUGUGAGACCAGCACAGAGACCUUCGUGGGCACAGUUACAGAUGACAUCAGGUACAUUAUAAAAGACUUGGAAGUAGACUUGAUCAGUAAGCCCAAGCCGAGUUCUUCCUUGCCCCCUCUCCUAGGAGCUAUGACCCGAGGCCCAAAAGCUGACCAGCGAGUAGAAGAGCUGCAGAGAACUCUAAAGGCCCUGCAAGAAGAAGAAGCUUCUGGAAAAUGGGACUACAAGCCCAACCUGAGAACCCCAGAGCAUCCACAGCCGGUUACAGUGGCUCUGAAGUUGAAAGAUCAGACUGUGGUCCAGGCAGCAGGUGUUCGAGUCUCUGAGAGGGCAUUCCAUGACAACUUCUAUGUGAAGGAAGAAAAUGUUCUCUACAAUCACUUGUCUGGUGAGUUGGACAGCAAACUUUUAAAAGAACUAGACAUUGUGCUUUUUGCUGGGGAUAGCAUCCGGGAGAUCUACAAGGAGCUCAUGAGUCGAGUCUCUGCUGACCAUCUGCAAUUUGAUAAGGGGUCCCUUGUGGAGGCCGCAUCUAAUGUUGACUGGUCAGGUCUUAUGGGUUCAUCCUUACUGAACAAAGAUCCCAAGAAACGGAUCAUCAACCCUGACCUGGAUGGCAUCGGAAAACACAGGAUACAUACCUUAAGCUCUGACCCACUGCCGCCUCCACCAACCCCACAGCGCAGUAAGCAUUGGAUCAGACAUAAGAACUCCUGGAUGCGCUGGUGGAGGGCUACCCUAACCUCCGAUGACUACUUCAUGUACUUAGCCACUCAGGAGUGUGAUUUCCUCCACGUCAUCUUCCACAUGUACCCUGAGGAUGAACCUGUGGAAGUUCCUGUCAUCAUCAGUGAUAGUAUGGAACUUCCACUCCCACCUCCAAUGUUACAAGAGGAUGAGACUGGGGAGUUUGUGCAAGGUGUCUGGGAUGUCAACACAGUCUUAGAGGAUGGUCUGGGAGCUGAAGGGAUCAAAUCCCUGGGGGACCGAAAGAAAGCAAAGCAACUUCAGAAGCGACUAGAGAGAAUCUGGACAGCCCUGCAGGUGCCUGACAAAGACCGGCUGGACAUGGCCAUCAAAUAUAGCACUAAUGCCCGAAUAGGGCAGCUUCCUGCUCUGGUGAAGGCCUGGGAGAAGGCCUUAACCCCUAUCCAGGAGCGAGAGCUCUUAUUAGCACAGUUGGAGCGUUUUGAGCAAGAAGCCUCAGACCCCAACCGCUUCUUUCUGAAGGUUGAUUAUGACCUCUGGCGCUGGACGGAAGAGUCCCAGAUCCGUAAUGACUUAUAUACAAAGAUCAGUUCAGUGGAGAAACUUCUGAACAAGCUCCUCCAGGAUAUCCAGACUGCCUUUGGGGACUCGGUGACAUACAAGGGACGGUGUUAUCUGGAGAAGAUGAAGAGAGACAAAGUCGAGAUGUUGUACUGGCUACAGCAAGAACGUAGAGCCAAGGGGCUGGUCCGAGUCCAGAAGGGCUCACGACUGCCUUCCCUCAAUCCUAAAAACACAGGAAACUCGGGAAGUGGUCUCAUCUCCUCUCCCAGAAAUGUCUAA